AAGAGCCCCAACCCUAUCAUCACACACACCUCUCUCUCAUCUCUAUAUCUCUCUCUCUCUCUCUAAGAGACAGACAGACAUAGAUAUAUCUUAGAUUUUUCCCAGGGGAAAAAAGUGAGUUCAUCUUUUCAGAUCUUACAAACACUUUGCUUUUAUAAACUGAUGUACCACAAAUCAUUACUAGUACUAUCUUAAUUAUCUUUACAAUUUUUUUAUCUAGCAUAGCCAAAAAGAAAGAGCUUGCACAUAUGGAGAGAUCAAACAGCAUAGAGUUGAGGAACAGCUUCUAUGGCCGUGCAAGAACUUCACCAUGGAGCUAUGGAGAUUAUGAUAAUUGCCAACAGGAUCAUGAUUAUCUUCUAGGGUUUUCAUGGCCACCAAGAUCCUACACUUGCAGCUUCUGCAAAAGGGAAUUCAGAUCGGCUCAAGCACUUGGUGGCCACAUGAAUGUUCACAGAAGAGACAGAGCAAGACUCAGAUUACAACAGUCUCCAUCAUCAUCUUCAACACCUUCUCCUCCUUACCCUAACCCUAAUUACUCUUACUCAACCAUGGCAAACUCUCCUCCUCCUCAUCAUUCUCCUCUAACCCUAUUUCCAACCCUUUCUCCUCCAUCCUCACCAAGAUAUAGGGCAGGUUUGAUCCGUUCCUUGAGCCCCAAGUCAAAACAUACACCAGAAAACGCUUGUAAGACUAAGAAAUCAUCUCUUUUAGUGGAGGCUGGAGAGGCUACAAGGUUCACCAGUAAAGAUGCUUGCAAGAUCCUGAGGAAUGAUGAAAUCAUCAGCUUGGAGCUUGAGAUUGGUUUGAUUAACGAAUCAGAGCAAGAUCUGGAUCUAGAACUCCGUUUGGGUUUCGCUUAAUUAGAUGGUAAUAACUUUAUCCAUAAAGGAUUCGAAGUUCACAAUUCUAGAAGAUAUGAUGCUUCUCUAAGGUUAAUUAGUUUCAUCCAUAUGAAAUUCUCUAAGCUUGCUAUUUAGUAGAACGUUAUAGUUGAUUAUAUGAUUAUAGUAUAAGCUAUAAGCUUGCGUUAGAUGUUAUAUAAUAUGUAUGCGCUUGUUACCGUUUUAUGUAUGACAAUGGAUACAAUUUUGUCUCCUUAAUUAUUGUUUAUCUC